AAAUCGGUUGAGUAAGUGAGUAACAAGACAGUGCAGCAACCAGAUAAGAUUACAUCGUGUGAUAACAGAGAAAUUUUCUGGGUGGUGUAAAUGGCAGUAUCAUCAUCAUCGUCAGCCACUCUUUCGUGGCUUCAUAGCAACAUUAACAAAACAGUGAAGUUGCACGACAGAAAAGCUGUUACGCUGGUUUUGGCUCAAAAGAAAGCCAAAAAAACUCGCAAGAUAAUAUUGAAAGAGGACGUGGAGCAGCUGGGAAGGAAAGGGCAACUAUUGGAUGUGAAGGCAGGAUUUUAUAGGAAUUAUCUUCUGCCAAUGGGCAAGGCUCAGAUUGUCACUGCUGAUCUUCUCAAGGAAAUGAAGCUGGAAGAGGAAAGAAUUGAGGCUGAGAAGAAACGGGUAAAAGAAGAGGCACAACAACUAGCACAAAUUUUUGAGACUGUUGGAGCUUUUAAGGUGAAACGCAAGGGUGGAAAGGGGAAACUGAUUUUUGGAAGUGUUACCUCUCAAGAUCUUGUUGACAUAAUCAAGGCACAGCUUCAAAGGGAUGUAGACAAGAGAAUCAUUUCCCUUCCAGAGAUACGUGAAACAGGAGAAUAUAUUGCAGAAUUGAAGCUUCACCCUGAAGUUACAGCUCGAAUAAGGUUGAAUGUUUUUGCUAACUGAUUACAGGCACACUAAAUACCUUCUCUGUGGAUUUGGUUACAGAGUUGGGAGAUGAAAGAUUGAAUGUAUAAUUUUGUGUAGAGACAUAUAAGUUUGAUUAACCUUAGCAGGUGCAAUUUUAUUAUUCACAAACAAUUUCUUGUAGAAUGUAGCCAACUUAUAGUACUCAUUUUUGCAAGUCCAAAAUCUACUUUUGCUUGAA